UCUUAUUUCAUUUUUUUUAAAACCAGACAACAAGGAAUAUCAUCAGUAGGGACAGCAAAACGACAAGAAUGGAAUGCAUCACCAUAAAUAAUUUUUAAUUCAAAGAUAUUUUGAAACUUAGAUUCUCAUUUUGAAAAAUGUUGUCUUUUUAAUUUUCUCUUUAACAUGGUAAGUUGGGCAGGUAACAGAUGAGUUUAGUUGGUGUGUGUUAAUGCAACAGAGUCACUGUUUUUAAGACUCAGUAGAAGCCACUUUAAGGGUCAAGAAUUUCUUAGCACUAAAGCCAUGAGACCAAAAAGACUAAAACAAUGAUGCACUCAUUCAAGUGUGAUGUGUGACUCAGAGUCUCUUCUUAGCUUACAAACUUUCAACCCACAAGACAUGCACACCUUCUGAUUCCUCUCCAAUUCAUCCAAUUUCCAAGUCAAGUGGAUUAUUGUUCCAAGAGGUCAGAAAACAAUGAAUUGCUCAUCAUGGGGGACUUCAGAAUCCAGAAGUUUGAGCUUAAAAGUGGAUUUUCUGCCACAACAAUGCCACAGGAGCAAAACGUUGAGCUUUCAAUUCCAAGAACAGGAUUCAUCUUCGAUUCAUUCGGGUCAAUCUUCUACCAGACUUGGUUCAGCAAAAUCCGGUGAAAUGUCUGUUCAGCAUAGUUCUACUGGUUCAACACUUCAGCAUAGAUCAUUCAUGCAGAAUCAGGAUUUCACCUUCCCUCCUCCACUACUGGAUCACGGCCAAACACUUGUAAGUAGAUAUAUUCUCAAGUUCUUCUGGAUGGAAGAUAUAUGCAUAUAUGUUUUCCUAAAGUUUGUGUUCCAGGCUCACUAUGCUGAUCCAGGCUACAGCAACCUUAUGGCUUCUUCAUAUGGUCCACAAUCUAUGCCAGUGGAAACUGCUCCUAUGAGAAUUCCUCUGCAACUGGACGUUAAAGAAGAACCCAUAUAUGUGAAUUCAAAGCAGUACCAUGCUAUUCUGAGAAGAAGACUGUACCGAGCAAAACUUGAAGUACAAAACAAACCCAUCAAGGAUCGAAAAGUACUAAACAUGUCUAUGUUUUUUUGUCUACAAUUUCUGCUAAACCAAACUAAUAACACUGUUGCCAUGCAGCCUUAUCUUCACGAGUCCCGUCAUCUACAUGCAGUGAAUAGAGCAAGAGGUGCUGGUGGACGCUUUCUCAACACUAAAAAGCUUCAACAAUCAACUCGUACUCGUGGAAAUACUGCAGAAUCUAACAUGCAUCAAAUAGAAAACUACAGAGAUGGUGAUGAUACCACAUAUGCAUCUAACACUGCUGCAAGAAUUAUGCAGAAUUGUAUAUCUGAUAAGGGUGGUGGCACCACUCAGCAGCAGCCUCUAUUUGUCUACAUGUGAAUGACUAAACCAGUCUGCUUGUGUUCCAUUGGGAAGUCAUCCUUGGCUCAUAUUCAUUACACUGUUGCUGUUUAUUAUUGUUUGUUUUGAUUUCCUUCGACAUUGACAUGGACCUGUUAAAGUUGUUUUGAACUGAUUUGUCAAUAACAGUGUUUUUCUAUGCUGCAACAUGUCUUGUUGAAAUUCGUUUACGUGUCUUCUGAUGUUUGGUUUCUCCAAUUCUGUAACCAUUGACACAUCUUAUAGUU